AGAUGCAAUAAUUAAACAGUGUGCGUAUUUUUAAUGCUGCUUUUUGGGGGUUAUUUUAUAGAGUGAAGAUUUCCAUGUAUAAUGAACUAGAAACAGAAGCUAAUUUAUAAAAAUAAAUUCAAGAAAAUUCAACUGAUUUUUCCAACUUCAAGAAUAUGUUUCAUCAGUAAGUUAUAAAUUGAUCAGCAGAAAAAAGUGAUUUCUAAAUUGUGAAGCAACUCUAUGUGAAAAUAUAGCAAAAGGGAAAAAUGACUGUAGAAAAAUAACUGGUGAAUUUAAUGAUCAAAGCAGUUCAUUAAGAUAUGCCAUGGAAAUAUGAGUAUGGAAGAAAAUGCUACAAUUCUGUCUGGAUUUAUACUUGUGGGUUUUACUGAAAUGCAUCAAUUCCAUUUUUUAAUCUUUGCAGUGUUGCUGUCUCUGUACAUGAUCACCUUAAUGACAAACACUAUGAUUAUUCUAAUAGUAAAAUCUGAUCCUGUGCUUAACACACCUAUGUACUUCUUUCUAAUGCAUUUGGCCUUCUUGGAGGCUUGCUAUAUGUCAGUCAUCAUCCCCAAGUUAUUAGAAAAUUUAAUGGUCAAACCUAAUGUCAUUUCCUUCCUGGGAUGUGCUGUGCAGAUGUUUCUCUUCCUGUUUUUUGGGGUAGCUGAAUGCUUUCUUCUGGCUGCAAUGGCAGUUGACAGAUAUGUUGCCAUAUGCUGCCCUCUGCGUUACACAACCAUUAUGAGCAGAAAUAUUUGCUGGAAAAUGGUGACAGGUUCGUAUAUCUGUGGGACUGUCGUUGGGCUAGUCCACACCACUGUCACAUUUAGAUUGCCAUUUUGUGGUGUGUUCAUAAACCACUUUUUUUGCGAGGUACAGCCACUGUUGGAAUUAGUCUGUGGAAACACUUUCCAAAAUGAACUUCAAGUCAUUGGGAUAGCUCUGAUGGCUAUAAUGCUACCUUUCCUGCUGAUCAUCCUGUCUUACAUUGGUAUUAUCUUCACUAUCAUCAGAAUGCCAGUCUUGCAGAGCAGAUAUAAAGCCUUCUCCACCUGCUCUUCACAUUUAAUAGUGGUUGUCCUCUUUUAUGGAACAGCUAGUUCUAUGUAUUUAAAACCCAAAUCCAGCUAUUCUCCACCAGUGGACAAGCUUUUAUCGUUUUCUUACACUGUUGUAACUCCUCUGUUAAAUCCUAUUAUCUAUAGUCUAAGAAACAAGGAAAUCCAGGCAUCCCUGAGAAAGCUAUGGAAAAAAUGAAUUUUGUCAACUCAGAAAAGUGGAUACCCUGUUUCCCCUAAAAUAAGACAUCCCCAGAAAAUAAGACCUAGUAGAUGUUUUGCUGAAUUGCUAAAUAUAAGGCCUCUCCCGAAAGUAAGACCUAGCAAAGUUUUUGUUUGGAAGCAUGCUCGUCGAACAGAACACCAGAGCAUGCAGGAUCGGUAAAUGUACC